UUCGAAACUCGCUGCGCGAAAUGGAGAAUAAUAAUUGUGCUCCGCCAUAUAUUUGCUCCAUACAAAGAAAAAAAAGCUUUAUUAUCUUUAAUCAUUUAAUGUAAUGAGUGCGCUCUCAAGCUGUUUAGUCAGUUUAUUAAAAGCUUGCAGGGUUGGUGGUGGUAUGACGGAAAACGUAGAUUCAUAACAAUUUAAUGCGGAUGAGGUGGAUCCCCCAGCUUGGCUAAAUGCGGAGUUUAUCGAGCGCGCUCUAAGAGCCUAUGAAAAGGAUCCUGAAUUGCAUGUAACUGAUUUGAAAAUUAGUCCUGCGACUCUGCAGGGAGAUCAUUAUGCCAGCAUCAUGUUCCGAGCUGUUUCCCAUUACUCCACCGCCAAGGGGAAUUUCUCCAAGGCACAAUGCCGGAACAGGAAGGACCCAAAAAGGAUAUGCUGUCAAAUUCGCCGAUCUUCAAAACGGAGAUCCUUAUGUACAGCAAAGCUCUUCCAGAGCUCGAGAGAAUCCUCCGGGAGGCAGGGGAUACUACCAAUCUUUAUGUGCCUUACAUCUAUCACAGCUUGGAGCCUCAUCAGGUGAUGAUAUUCGAGGAUCUGGUGCCACAGGGGUACACCGUCAUCCGAGAUCGCUUUGUCAACAAAGAGGAACUUAAGAAUGCCUACUUCAAAUGCCUACUUCAAGCGGAUGAGUGUAGUCAUGGAAGAAUACCGCACUAAUCCGAAGCCAAAUAGGUACU